AUGGCAGUAGCCAGAGGUCACAAAGAUGUGUUUGUCGUUCUUGUUAGUGAAGGAGCUGAUUUGUCAUUGGGAGAUACUAAUGGAAAGAACAUCCUGCAUUACGCCUGUGCUGGGGGGCAUGUGGACAUGAUUAAAUAUGUCCUUUCACUGAGCAAGGUGGACAUAGAUAGUACAGCAAACGCCGGUCUCACGCCAGUCAUGGUGGCAGCAAGUCUAGGAAACAGAGAAAUGUUUGACAUACUUAUGAGUAAAGCGUGUGAUGUGUCACUGGCGACAAGAUCAGGUUCCAACAUCCUCCAUAUGGGUUGCUGUGGAGGACAUUUGGAGAUGGUUAAGUACAUUAUCUCACAGGAUCUUGUGGACAUUAACAGUAGGCGUUGGGAUAAGAAAACACCACUGCUGAUCUCGGCAAAACUGGGGCAUGGAGAAAUGUUUGAAUUUAUCGCCAGUAGAGGGGGAAACAUGUCAAUGAUGACAAAAGCAGGCAAGAAUAGCCUUCACCUACUCUGUAAGUUUGGCAACAUUGAGGUUGUGAAGUUUGUUCUUUCCAAGGACCUUCUGGACAUUAACGCCAAGACCAAGAAAGGGGAAACAGCAGCUAUGAUUGCAAAACGAAGCAGGAACACUCAAGUGUAUGACUUUCUCGUGUCACAUGGUGGUCAAUAG